CCAAUCACAGUGCAUCCUAUCUGUGUGCCGCUCCCUGUUAGCUUAAGCUGCUGAGCGAGAGAAGAUCUGUCGCUAAUUUAACACACAGUUAAAUCUAAACUCCAGCGGUGGUUGAUAUUAGUAGACUAACGCAGUGGUUAAAGGACGGUCAAAGGACAGUUUAGUGCACUUUCAAGUGCGUUUUUUUUUUCAUUGAAAAGGUGUCGUUUCCUGUACGGACUGUGAAUACUCCGCCUCCGCCUGGCUGUUUGCUCCUGUGGUCUGAAGCAGAUAAAAUACAACCGUUUUGAUAAGAUGGCAGACUGUGUCUCUAAGGUGGAGCUGAGCGUCUCCUGCUCUGAGCUGCUGGAUAAAGAUGUCGGCUCAAAGUCUGAUCCUCUUUGCGUGCUGCUGCAGAGCUCAGGAGGAGACACCUGGACAGAGCUGGGUCGCACUGAGCGUUUGAAGAACACCUCCAGUCCGUCCUUCAGUCAGCGUCUUAGACUGGAUUAUCACUUUGAGACAGUUCAGAAUCUCAAGCUGGGGAUCUACGAUAUCGACAACUCCAGCUUUGACCUCGGCGAUGACGACUACUUGGGAGGGGUGGAGUUAACACUGGGACAGAUAGUUUCCAGUAAAACUAUCACCAGACCUCUGCAGCUGAAGAAAGGCAAGCCUGCAGGGAAAGGAACCAUCACUAUUACGGCAGAGGAGAUCAAGGACAACAGAGCCAUUGUGUUGGAGCUGGAGGCUAAAAACCUCGAUAAGAAGGACAUGUUUGGCAAGUCUGAUCCGUUUCUGGAGAUUUCUAAAAAAGGAGACGACGGAAAGUGGCAGUUGGUCCACAGAACGGAGGUGGUGAAGAACAAUCUGAGUCCCACCUGGAAGAAGUUUACUGUUCCUCUGCAGACGUUCUGCUCCAGCGACCUCGACAGACCACUGAAGGUGGAUUGUUCUGAUCAUGACAGUGACGGAUCUCAUGACCUCAUUGGUUCUUUCACCACUAAAGUCUCUGAGCUGCAGAAAGCAGGCCAUGGUUCACAGGUGGAGUUUGAGUGCAUCCACCCUGAGAAACAGAAGAAAAAGAAGAGCUACAAGAACUCUGGAGUUGUCUCUGUGAAGAGCUGCAAGCUGGUGACUCAGCACACCUUCCUGGACUACGUGAUGGGAGGCUGCCAGAUCAACUUCACUGUGGGGAUUGACUUCACCGGCUCUAAUGGUGAUCCUCGCUCGCCCAACUCUCUCCACUACAUGAGCCCAGACGGGUUGAACCAGUACCUGUCUGCUCUGUGGUCUGUGGGUCAGGUGGUCCAGGACUAUGACACCGAUAAACUUUUUCCAGCAUUUGGUUUUGGAGCCAAACUGCCCCCAGACUACCAGGCUGCACACCAUGAGUUCGCCCUCAACUUCAACCCCACUAAUCCUUACUGCCAAGGUAUUCAGGGGAUCAUUGAAGCUUACAGGAUGGUUUUGCCCCAGCUGAGACUCUCUGGACCCACAAACUUCUCUCCCAUCAUCAACCAUGUUGCCUCCAUUGCUGCCACCAGUGCGCAAAGCAACAGUGCCUCUCAAUACUUUGUCCUUCUCAUCCUCACGGACGGUGAGAUCACUGACUUCGACCAAACCCGGGACGCCAUCGUUAGGGCAUCCAGGUUGCCGCUGUCAAUCAUCAUUGUAGGGGUGGGCCCGGCAGACUUUAAGGCCAUGGAGCUUCUGGAUGGAGAUGAUGGUGUGCUGAGGUCGACAGUGGGGGAAGCUGUUGCCAGAGACAUUGUCCAAUUUGUCCCCUACAGACAGUUCAAAGAUGCUCCCAAAUCGUCUCUGGCCCAGUCUGUCCUCGCUGAAGUUCCCAACCAGCUGGUUUCUUAUUUCAAAAUGAGAGGUCUUGAACCAGCUAAAGCACCAGCUGCCCCCAAAUCCUAAGCCCUGCCUCUAUAAAAACCAAAACAGCAGUUAUGCAUUCCCCGGACCCACCCAUAAAGCUUAAGGCCCUCCUUUCUCCUUUUCUACAUUCUGUUACUACUUGCAUAUUUGACCAUUCUUCAGGGACCAACCUGAUGUGUUACAUGGAAUCUCAACCAAUCACAAUGCCACAGAGCUGUCAGCCAAUUAGGAUCCCAUGUGCAACAAAUGCCAUUUUUUUAAAUCUUUUUUGUAACGAUAUAGUAGAUUGAUUCUUCCUGCUGCUUCCAUGCUAACUAUGCAAAUCACAUGUUUACAGCCAUGUGUUUAAUAAUCACUGAGCCGCGCUCGCACACACAACACAGGAAAAGUGUUUGCCAUUUUUAGCUUCACCCUCUGUCUCCUUUAUUCUUGCCAUAGUCAUAGUCCAAAGACUUAAAACUGUGUAGAAUUUAUUCAGAGAGAAGUUUGGGAUUUUCCCAUUCACCUCAACACACUUAAUCACAACAGCAACUUGUGGGAACUGGAACAUCGUCGCAGGUUGGCAGUGUUUGGCAAAUCUUCGCUUCAUUAAUGCGCCAUGGUUUGAUUCGGCAUCAGAUGGAAAAGCCCCUUAUGCUUUGUGGACCACCUGUUUGGUGUGUGUGUGUGUGUGUGUGAGGCUCAGAUUAGCUGUAUUAAUCAGAUAUUGAUACUUUGCACUUUGCUUUAGCUCAAAUGCUGGAAAAUUAUAUAUGAAAGACAUUAUAUAUUCUACAUCAUAGCUUUACUACUAUAGCCUUACUAUAAAACUUCACUAUAGCCUUACUGUAGUAUUUAGUGUAGCCCGUGUUAACUCAGCAUGUUUCUUCAGGUGCUGAAAGCUGAAACUGGAUGUUUCCAGACUCUUUUGCCACUACUCUCAGUGCUGUGUUGAUGCCACCAUCCUGACUCCAGGUGCACAACUCAUUUCUGCCAUCGAGCUUCACUCAACUUGCCUAAAAUGACACUAACAAAAACAUUCAUUCAUGCAUUUGUCAGUUAAAUGUAUGAAAUAUCGAAGACAAUAUGCAGUCCCUUUGCCGCCACAUGAAUCUGUAACUUGCACUUCAGACAACAGAUGCACUGACUUAAGCAACUAAACUCAAUAAAUUUACAAUGAGAAUAGAACAGGGACAGUUCAGUCACUUUCAGUGUGACCUCUUCUCCUUAAAGAACACAGCUGACAUCUUCAGUUGUUUAAAUUGUAACCAUGGUAACCCUCGGGCCCACAUGGCUGAGCGGCACCACGCUGAGAGGCUAUCUGAUCUGAAUGUUUGCUCUGUUUCUGUACCAAAGACUGUUUCCUGUUUUACGUGUCUCCUCCCAUCUGGGAUACUGGAAUGACCGUGAGCGCCCACACACAGCCUAUGUGUCAAAAUGUGUCAAAGAAUCGCUGCCAACAUUCAAUGUGCAACCACUUUACUUAACGUAAGCUUAGAAUUCAUUUUAAAUCACAUUAUUAAACCACUGAAAAAGUACAUUUUUGUAGUGGUUGAUGCUUAAAAUGACAGAACAGGAAGGAAAUGUAUUUUUGAUGUUUUGAGUUUUGUCCAUUUCUGGGAGAUCUUUGGCUUUCUUGAUGGGUUUAGCUGAAGUGAAAUAUUUCUAUUGCAUAUUAUUUCUAGCACUGUUGUUUUGUUUUAACUUGGAAAGAAGUUCAUUCUUGAUAUUUGGGAGCAGUGCGUGUGACAAAAUAGUUUCUGAACUAGUUUCUGUCACUUACAACUGCAACUGUAAAGCACUUAGAAUGGAAAAAAACAGUCUUCUCUAAAUGCAACCAACAUCUCAUGGUGUUGAUCAGCAAAUGGAGCUUUUACUGGAAUUUUGCUUCCCCGCCUUCAGCAAACAUACACAGGUGUCACUUCUGUGGACAGGAUAUGUAGUUUGUGUCCACUGGGUCGCGCUGUUCCAUUUAAUGUGAAAAGAAAGAAAGAGAAGAAAUCAGAAUCAGAAUUCCUUUAUUUAUCCCCAAGGGGAAAUUUGUCAAAUGGGAAAUUCAGGUUGUCCUCCUUCUACAUCUGUGGUGCCAACAGUGUUAUUGGAUCAAAUUUGUUCCAUCAUUAUAUCUGAGAUGACAACAGAGACCAUCACCUGUUGCUACUCCCAGCCUCCUGUGAACUUCCUACAGUAGCCCAUGAGGGACAGGAGUCACAGCAAAUGAAAUGAAAAAGAUGAAUCUCCUGAGACAUUUUGAAUCAAAAUUCAAAUGAGUGAAGGAGCUGAUUCUCUCUAUAGAGAUGUUUUUCUAGAGAGACUAAAUUUUUUAUUUGUCUCUACAGCAAGUUCAGACAUGAUGUCUGCUUGUAAGCAAUUCAUUUUGGUCAUACGUUGUAUCAGUAUCAACAAACUGAGACAUAGGAAGUUAAAAUUCACAAGAAAAAGAUUUCAGUCAGAGGUCUCAGCUAUUAACACCACAAGACUUUUUUUAAUUCAUUUUUUUGGAGAGCGAGAAAAACAAAAACCUCAAAACUAUUUUCUUAAGAUUGAAUUGAAAUUGAAACUACAGAAACAGAAUCCUACAGAAACAUUCAUUUUGAUCUGGAAACGAAGUACUUGAAAGCUCCAGAAAAUCCUCUAAUUAAAUCAACCAUGAGUUCUUUUCUUCUUCUUCUUCUUCUUUGCGCGUGUUUAUUGUUUAGUAUCAUCUCACUCUGAUGCAUCAGAUUCUGUUGAGUGAAAGUCUUUACCUGUCAGGCUGCUAUGACGUCCUCCUCAUUUGUUUUCUGAUUUGUUGCCAUAUGUCUGUGUUCUGCAAGCCUGAUUCCAGAACAGCUGAGGUGUUGCAUGAAACAGAAGGAAAGGUGUGUGUUGCUAAAAAAAGAAAAAACCCACCUGCUUGGAACAUUCCACAGGUAAACAUUAGUAACAAGCCAUCAGGUGAUAGUAUCAUGAUUGGGUGUUCUUGUACUUGAAGGGAGUUUUUGUUUUCACAUACAUGGUUUAAAGUGUGAAGAGUAGCCUUAACUCUCUGAAACUUCAGCCAAAAUCUGCACUUCUUAUUUUAAAGAUCUUAUUAAUUCAAUAAAGGGAAUAUUGCGGAAUGGAAGUCAUGACAAAAAUCUGAUCAGUGUUCAGGCGAACAUGCUGUAUUAUCACUGUGACUGUGGCUGCAUGGUGCUGUGGUCUUGAUUGAAUUUUUGCCAGAAUGUGUAAAAUCUGCUGUCGCUCAAAGCAUCACGGGGAUCAAAAUCAGCUGUUUGGAAAAAACGAGAAGAAAACACUGCCUGUUUUAUCUUAAUAAAGAAGUACACAACCAGUAUAACCAA